AUGCGAAAUAGAGUCCCUUACAUGCUCUGGGACAUACCCAAUGAUGUCGGCAAGCAUGAUGACGCCGGCCUCGAAGGACUGCCGGCAGACCGGAAACACCCCGUCGUUUUCGGCGAACUGCAGAACAAUGCCCGGCACGGUGUUUGGUACACUACUGCGGGAAUUCGGUCUAGUCCCGCGAACCCCUCGGGGUAUACUCCGCCAGAGACGUUCUUGACCGUAGAAGAUAUCGUGGGGAACGCGCGGUCGUCGAAUCACCGCACCCGGAACACUUUGAUCCAACACGAGCUUCCAUGCGGCAAUCAAGGCAGCGAGCAAGCCACAUGCCCAGCUCAUGGUCUUGAGAGGAAAAGCGAUAUUGCACUCCUGGAAGUUACCGUCAGUGAUGGACCACGGCGAAUGCCCCCGUCAAUCGAGACCUAG